CCAUGCGGAAAGCCUCACUUCUGUGAAGAGAAAGUGAAAAUGGCUCUUUAUGGCCGGUUCUCCAAGGAACCUCGUAAGUUUUCCAUAAAGCCUGUGGAGAAGAAGAUGAUUUUGGCCGUGGCGUUGAUUGCUUUGCAGUUCAAGGAUUGCUCUUUUACUGAAAUUGAAUCCUUUUUUAACAUCGUGGCAGAAAGCAAAACCCGCAAAAAGGAAAAUGAACAUGCUAGACGGAUUGCCAAGAUGAUACCAUUCAAUGAAACAACUGUGGAAAACCUUAAACUCAGUUUGCUUCAGAAGCUUAACGAGUUCGUUCAGAAGACCCUACUUUUGGAUAAUAUCAAUUUUGUGGACUGCGUUGUGACAAGAGAUGAUAUUGGUGGUUGUCAAGCCAAAGUUGUGUGUCCCAAGUGUGGAAAAUUGAUCUCUGUUACAUUGCAUAAAGAGAAAAACGCUGAAAAAGUGCGUUUUCUGUUCGGUUUCGUGAAACGACACCAACAAUAUUGUAGAGUGAUAACCACCGCGCCUCACAAACGGUCCGCAAAUACCAAGAAAUCCAUCAAGCAACGGAACGAGUUGUCCGCUACGACUACAGCGACAGAUACGUUGAUUGCAGACACCGCAAAGCCACCAGAAACGAUUCCGGUACUCGACAACAUGGUAAUCGUGGAUGAUCGGUCUAUGUCUUCAGAAGAUUUGCACACUGAAGACAGUUCAGACAGUCAGGAAAACGGAGAGACUGAUUCUGAGGCAAAUUCGGGCGUGAUGAGUGAGGAAGGCUGUGAAGUCCAGGAAAACGAUUCCGCUGAAGAUGUGCCCAAUCCAAUUAUGGCGCCGGAGAAUCCCGUGUUGCAGCCUCAGCAGGAAUUCCAGCAACAAUACCUGAACCUCUUGAAGCAACAGAAUGAAGCCAUCCAGGCUCUGAUUCAGGACAACAAAAGGUAUCAAGCAUGGCAUCAAAGGAAUUGUGAGCAGCAGGUGAAAAAUCAAGAGAAACUUUUGGAAGCCCUGCAAGAGCUGGCGAAAAAAUCGAAGAAAUGAACUGAAUUGAUUGCAAUGAAUUUUGAGGAUAAUAUGGCUCGGAUUUGAUUGAUUUGAUAAUUGAGCUCACUUGCUCUUUAAAUCUAGAAUAUAUCCUGUUCAUGAAUUUAAAUAUUUUUUUGUUUGUUAAACUUUAUUAUAUGAGGAAUCAAUCCUUAUUUUGCACUAUGAUUUUGAAGCUAAAUUAUACGAUUAUAUCAAAAUUUCUUUCCGUUCUAUAAAUAUUAAAUGUAUCCGACUGUAUUUAAAGUGAUUAUUUUGAGCAUAAAGACAAAGUGCUUUAAAGAACGUCAUGUAAAGUCGUGAUCUAAUAAAAUAGUUUGAAGAUAAGCAUUGAUUGGGAAAAUUCCUUUGGUUAGUUUGCAUCGAGAAUUCUAAUGAAGUCCAGUGAGUUAAUUGGUGUAGCAAUUUUCUCCCUUUUUCUGGGAAUAAAUGGCAAUUCUCUGGGUUAUCUGGAUGAAGACUGUCCCAUAAUCCUCUCGAGAUCUCAAUGGAGAGCGCAAAAGGCAAAUUUUGUCUACUAUCAAACGAUUCCCGUUGAUAAAAUCGUUAUCAUUGGGCUGGAAGAGACGUGCAGGGCCUCUUUUGAGUGCAGGAGUGUCGUGAAGAGGCUGCAGAAAGAUCACAUCUCCAAGUUCAGAUUACCUGACAUCGCCUUCAACUUCCUCAUUGACGACAAUGGGUUCAUUUAUGAGGGAACGGGAUGGCUCAAGAGUGGCUCUCACACGACUGGACACAAUAGAAAUUCCCUCGGAAUCGCCUUUAUUGGAACCACGAAUUCUGACACAGUUCCAUCCGAAGAGGCGAUGCACGUGUUUCAGGAAUUGAUCGAUUGCGGCAUUCGAGGAGGAAAGAUUUCGGAAGACUACAAGGUGUUUGCUCACCGACAACUCUGCUAUCAGUCCAACAAUCCCAGCUAUUCCUUCUUUGAGAUCAUCAAGAAAUUGCCUCACUGGUCAAGUGAUUAA